GACCGCCUGUACUUUAUGACAACACAAGCACCAGUAACUGCGAAGCAUGGACAGUACUUCUUCACCAUGGAUGGCGUGAUGAGCUACAUGCCAUUCUGCGCCGACUUCGGGCCGUUCAACCUGGGCAUGACCAAGCACUUCCUUGACACGUUUGAAGACAUGCUGAGACGAGCAGAAAUGAAGAGCCUCAAGCUCGUGUACUAUACCUCCACCAACCCCUGCGACGUGUCGAACGCCAUCUACCUGCUCGGGACUUUCCUGAUUCUCCAACUUGGGGUCUCCCCGCAGGACGCCUGGUUCCCUUUCUCGCAAAUAUCGAGCAAGGCGAUCAGAUUGUACAGGGACGCGACUUGGGUGCCCAGCACGUACGACCUUCACAUCACGGACUGCUGGGCAGGGCUGCUCAAGGCCGUGAAGACAGGGUUGUUCAACUACAAGACUUUCGACAAAGACGAGUACUUCUACUAUGACAAUCCAGACAAUGGUGACAUGCAUGAGGUUCUCAAGGGGAAAUUCUUUGCGUUCAAGGGGCCGUCAGGUAGGAGAAAAUACCUCGGGUCAGGUCGUUACACCCUCCUCCCAUCGGACUACUUCGACGUGUUCAGAUCCAAGAACAUCAAGACGGUCGUGCGGCUCAACAAUAAGGAGUACGAUAGGAACGUCUUUGUACAGUCAGGGUUCCAACAUCACGAUCUCUUCUUCACAGAUUGCACAACUCCUUCCGAUACCAUUGUUGACAAGUUUCUGCGCAUCGCGGAGGGAGCAGAAGGCUCGCUUGCCGUUCACUGCCUGGCUGGAUUAGGGAGGACGGGGACUCUGAUCGCGCUCUACAUGAUGAAGCAUCUUCAGUUUACGGCCAACGAGGCCAUGGCCUGGCUCAGAAUCGUUCGUCCAGGAAGCGUCAUCGGUCCCCAGCAGCAGUACCUGCAGGAUCAGCAGGCCAGGAUG